CUUAAGCAACCUCCCAAAUUUAUUGAUACUUUCUGUUUCCCAAGAUCCACCCACCACUCUCUCUCUCUCUCUCUUCUCUCUCUCUCUCUCUCUCUCUUCAUCUUCCUCAUCUUGCGCAAGAAUCUAAACCAAAUCUCAUCCUCUAAUGUCCUAAAACAGCAAGAUGACUGUAAUGUGUUGUUGACUGUUAAGUACUAAUCCGACCAAAUCGCCAUGGGAAAGAAGAGUGGUUCUUCUUCUUCAUGGUUCACCGCCGUUAAACGAGCUUUCCGAUCUCCGUCCAAGAAAGAACAUAACAACAACAAUGCUCACGAUAACGAACCCGAGGAAGACGAAGACAAGAAGAGAGAGAAGAGACGGUGGUUAUUCAGGAAAACGACGAAUCAUAAUUCUCCGGCGAAGACCUCCGGCGUUGUAAAAGACAUAUCCGCACCGAAAUCUACGGAGACGGCAACCGAUUCAUCCUCUGUUACAGAACAGAUAUACGCCGCAUCUACACCUCCCACCACCGUCUCCGCCGCAUCGGAAACUUCUCCGACGAAGACGGAGUUACCAAGUUAUGCGAGGAGGACUUAUACGGCACGAGAAAGCCACGCAGCUACUGUGAUCCAAACUGGUUUCAGAGGUUAUCUGGCAAGAAGAGCCUUAAGAGCAUUAAGAGGGUUAGUGAAGCUACAAGCACUAGUGAGAGGUCACAAUGUGAGAAAGCAAGCCAAAAUGACAUUAAGGUGUAUGCAAGCUCUGGUUCGAGUCCAGUCACGUGUUCUUGACCAACGUAAACGCUUGUCUCACGACGGCAGUCGCAAAUCUGCCUUCAGCGACACUCACAGUGUCCUCGAAUCUCGUUAUCUUCAAGACAUUUCAGACAGAAGAUCCAUGUCAAGAGAAGGAAGUAGCAUUGCUGAAGAUUGGGAUGAGCGACCACACACGAUCGAAGAAGUGAAAGCAAUGUUGCAACAAAGACGAGACACUGCGUUGAGACGAGAGAGUAACAAUAGUUUAUCACAAGCUUUCUCUCAACAGAUUCGGAGAACGAGAGGGAGUCAAUCUUUGGGAGACGAGGAAGAAGAGGAAGAGAGACCGAAAUGGUUAGACCGAUGGAUGUCUUCUAAACCAUGGGAUAAACGAGUUUCAACGGAUCAUAGACCACCGGUUUACAAAACCGUGGAAAUCGAUACUUCUCAACCGUAUUUAACCCGAGCUUAUUCGAGAACCGGAGCGAGUCCAAGCCGUAACCAACAAAGGCCUAGUUCGCCAUCAAGAACCAGCCAUCAUUACAGCCAACACAAUUUCUCAUCAGCUACACCGUCUCCGGCUAAAUCUAGACCGAUACAAAUCCGGUCCGCUAGUCCACGGAUUCAAAGAGAUGACCGGUCAGCUUACAACUACACAUCAAACACACCUAGCUUGAGAUCUAACUAUAGUUUCACCUCAAGAAGCGUUUAUAGCGUUUGCACCGCUACUACAAAUGCUACGUUGCCGAAUUAUAUGGCGAUCACGGAAUCCGCGAAGGCUAGAAUCCGGUCACAGAGCGCACCGAGGCAACGGCCUUUGACACCUGAGAAAGACCGUGCCGGUUCAGCUAGGAAACGGCUUUUGUUUCCGGUUCCGCCGCAGCAGCCACCAGUGGAGGUCGGAGGAGGGUAUUAUGGUAAUAGUGACGGUCAGAGUUUAAGGAGUCCAAGUUUCAAGAGUGUAGGAGGUUCGCAAAUGGGUGCAUUGGAGCAACAAUCAAAUUACUCUUCUUGUUGCACUGAGUCACUUGGUGGUGGAGGAGAGAUCUCGCCUGCUUCUACUAGCGAUUAUAGGAGAUGGCUAAGAUGAUUCGAAAAUCAAUGGUCAUGGUUUGUUUCCUCCUCAUUUUUAUUAAGUAGUUCGUUUUUUUUUAUAUAUAUAAAUAAAUUUUAAUUUUGACUAAGAAAAGAACGAUGACUUUUUUUUUAGCCUGUGAUGCCCUAGGGGAUUUGAGAUUGGUGUGUAAUAAUAGUGUGAUUUUUUGUGUGUGUGUAUCUUUUGUAGCUUUUUGUAUCUUAUAAACAAAGACUAGAAAAAUGUAAUCUUCAAACUAAUUGAUUUCAAUAUAAAUGUGUUGGCUUUCGUUAUAAA